AUGUUACAAGUUAGGAAACACAACAAAACACACUCAACUUAUGCUUUUGAGUCGAAUACAAACAACGUGGCGGUCUCGCAGAUGAGGAAUGCGUUAAACAAGUUGGCAGAUUCUGUAAAGGAUGAGAAAACUCAGUCUCGGUUUGAGACUGAGUUGGAUUCAUUUUUCUCUUUGUUUAGGAGAUAUUUGGUUGAGAAAUCGUCGCAUUCUACUUUAGAUUGGGAGAAGAUCAAGUCUCCUAGUUCAGAUGAGGUUAUCAAGUAUGCUGAGAUUGCGCAACAGCCGGAAAAUGUGAGUAAUUUGUCCAAGUUGGCUGUUUUGAAGUUGAAUGGUGGGUUGGGGACUUCUAUGGGGUGUGUUGGGCCCAAAUCGGUUAUUGAGGUUAGGGAUGGGAACACAUUUUUGGAUCUUUCGGUUCGUCAGAUUGAGUAUUUGAACAGGCAGUAUGAUUCGGAUGUUCCGUUGUUGUUGAUGAAUUCGUUUAAUACGGAUUCGGAUACUGAACACUUGAUCAAGAAAUAUUCUGCUAAUAGAAUUAGAAUAAGGUCCUUCAAUCAAUCUAGAUACCCUCGUGUGUUUAAGGAUUCUUUGUUACCUGUUCCGCAAGAUUACCAAGACCAACUGGAUGCUUGGUACCCCCCUGGCCAUGGUGAUUUGUUUGAGGCAUUACAUAUGUCAGGUGAAUUGGAUGUUCUCUUGGAGCAAGGAAGAGAGAUUCUAUUCGUGUCUAAUGGUGACAACCUAGGAGCCACUGUGGAUUUGAAGAUUUUGAACCACAUGCUGGAGACUGGUGCUGAAUAUAUAAUGGAGUUAACUGACAAGACUAGAGCCGAUGUCAAGGGUGGUACCUUGAUAAAUUAUGAAGGCCAAGUGCGGCUAUUGGAGGUUGCUCAAGUUCCAAAAGAGCAUAUUGAUGAAUUCAAGAACAUUAGGAAAUUUACCAAUUUCAAUACCAAUAACUUGUGGAUCAAUUUAAGGGCUAUCAAGAGGUUGGUUGAGGCAUCCACUUUGACUAUGGAAAUCAUUCCCAACAAGAAGACGAUCACGAGAAACGGCAACGAAAUUGAUGUUCUACAAUUGGAAACUGCAUGUGGUGCAGCAAUUAGGCACUUUAAUGGUGCACAUGGUGUUGUUGUUCCAAGAGCUCGUUUCUUACCCGUCAAAACUUGUUCUGACUUGUUGUUGGUUAAGUCAGAUUUGUUCUUCUUGGAACAUGGUGCCUUAAAGCUAGAUCCUUCUAGAUUCGGUCCAAACCCGUUGAUCAAACUAGGCUCUCACUUCAAGAAAGUUUCUGGAUUUAAUUCCCAUAUCUCCCACAUCCCAAAGAUUGUAGAAUUGGAUCAUUUGACCAUCACCGGUAACGUUUUCUUGGGUAAAAACGUCACCUUGAAGGGUACCGUCAUUAUUGUAUGCUCAGACGGCCAAAGAAUCGAUAUUCCAAAUGGUUCCGUUUUGGAGAACGUUGUCAUCACUGGCAACUUACAAAUCUUAGAACAUUGA